CGACGAAGGUGAAAUCCGCAGGUGCGAAUACAGUGCGGUAACCUCCACCAGACCCCGUAGCAGCAUCCGCGCGGCGACACUUGACGUCGCAUUUUGUGAAAAAUGGCCAAGGGUUUAGUGGCAAUUUUGUCGGCGAUUCUGACGUUGAUGACGGCGGUCGCGGUGUCGCUGUCAGUGCUACUGUGGUUAAAGACAACUGAAACUCAACCAGAGACAGAGAGUCGGCAGAUCAACUAUAUGAUUGGUGUUGGACGAGCGGACUGCACAGGCCCUGCUGUUGAAGUGGCAAUGAUGGGCUACGCCAGCCCGUCGCAGGUCUCCAAGGGAAUCCACACGCGCCUCUACAGCCGCGCCUUCAUCGCGGCCGACUUCAGCGGCAACCGGGUCGUGUUCGUCAGCGUUGAUGUCGGCAUGAUCUCGCAGAAGGUCAGGCUUGAGGUGUUAAUGCGGCUAAAGGAUAAAUACGGAUCACAGUACAAUGAGUCGAACGUGGUUCUGAGUGGGACCCACACUCACUCGGGACCCGGAGGAUACUUCCAGUACUCUCUCUUCGUGGUUGCUUCUCAAGGAUUCAUCAAACCCUGCUUUGAAGCCAUCACUUCAGGCAUCCUUCACAGUAUUGACAUUGCCCAUGGAAACAUGAAGCCAGGCAACCUCUUUCUCAGCCGAGGGGAGGUGAAAGAAAGCAACAUCAACCGCAGCCCCUUCUCCUACCUGAAUAAUCCAGCAGCGGAGAGAAGCAGGUACAAAACCAACACCGAUGAGGACAUAUUGCUCCUGAAGCUCGUGGACCAGGAGGGCACACCCAUCGGAGUGGUGACCUGGUUUGCGGUCCACGCUGUCAGCAUGAACCUCACGAAUAAACUCAUCAGUAGCGACAACAUGGGCUAUGCCGCCUACCUGUUCGAGCAGGAGAUGAACCCUGGUUUCCUGCCUGGGGAGGGACCGUUUGUGGCGCUGUUUUCUUCAUCGAAUUUGGGAGAUUCCUCACCCAACACCAAGGGCCCACACUGCAGCCAGACUGGGGUUUCCUGUGCCAACCUAAACAGCUACUGCGCUGUUGGAGGGUCAAAGACGUGCAUCAGCAUGGGACCUGGAGACGACAUAUUCGAAAGUACAAAACGCAUUGGGGAAAACAUUUACUCAAAGGCCAAGGAGCUGUUCUCGGGAGAGGGGAGGACGCUGACCGGUCCGGUGAAUUCUGCCCAGCAGUGGGUGAACAUGACCGAUGUUGUUGUUCGGUUCAACUCCACUCACACAGCGAAGACGUGCAAACCGGCCCUGGGAUACAGCUUUGCAGCCGGCACCACCGACGGCCCGGGGUCACUGAACUUUACGCAGGGCACCACGGAGGGAAACGCAUUCUGGGACGCCAUUCGGGACUUUCUCACCGGCCCUCCAUCCAAUGAGACCACGGAAUGCCAGGCUCCCAAACCCAUCCUGUUCGACACUGGAGAUAUGACUCGCCCUCUCCCAUGGCAUCCUGAGAUCGUCGACGUCCAAAUGGUGACGUUUGGGGACUUUGCCGUCCUGGCCGUGCCUGGAGAGUUCACGACGAUGUCGGGGAGGAGGCUGAGAGAAGCUGUGAAAAAGGAACUGCAGAGGAAUGAAUUCUUCCAGUCGGUGGACGUGAUGAUAUCAGGACUCAGCAACGUCUACACCCACUACGUGACCACCUUCGAGGAGUACCAGAUACAACGGUACGAAGGCGCCUCGACCAUCUACGGCCCACACACCCUCGCAGCGUACGUACAGCUCUACAGCGGCCUGGCCCGCGCCAUCGCCAAUGGCUCGGCGCAUGACCUGCCACAAGGUCCCAGCCCGCCGCUCUUCAACGAGUCCCAACUCUCGUCGAACCUGCCAGACACUCUGGCCGACAGGGCCCCGGACGGGACGACCUUUGGUGACGUGCUGACGGCCACGCAGCCGGCCUACGGCAAGGGAGAUGUAUAUUCCAUCACAUUCGUCAGUGGCAAUCCAAGGAACUCUGUGGAAUUCAUGCGAGGUGGGACCUUCCUGACGGUGGAGUGGCACAAUCCCCAAGCCGGGAACUGGCGCGUGAUUCACACAGACACAUCGUGGGAGACCAGAUUCAUUUGGGACAAGGGCAUUUUCGGGCGGAGCAACGCGACCGUGUAUUGGGCCAUCCCGGCCAGCGCGGAGGCCGGCAAGUACCGCGUGCGCCACUUUGGACAUUACAAGCAGAAGAAUGGCACGGACUUCACUCUCCACCCCUACAGCGGAACCUCGCCACUCUUUGAUGUCGUUUGAAUGAACGCCUCAAGAAUGAAAUCCUGUCUCGAGUAAGAGUCGGUGUAAUUACGUGCAAGGAUAACAGGGACAAAUUUGUUCUGUGAUUUUGUAAACGUUCAAAUGGAGUUGAAGCAGAGAACUUACACAACAACCUCCAUUCCAAUAAAAAAAUAUAUAAUCUCUGCAAACGUAUAAGCUGUGUAGUGGUUUGCCGCACAAAGUAGUCAUUGUAUAGAUUAAUUUAAUGAGAGAUUUGGUUGUAAUUAGGGGUGCGCGAGAUAUUCGCUUUAACUUCAAACUCAGCCAAUUACCAUAUUCUUUUAAUAUUCACAUUCAGCUGAAUUAUUACAAGAAACACAUGUGAAGUGGAAUAGAGUAAUACCUGGGUUAACUAAGUAGAUGGCAUUCCAUGACGUCACAUCGUUUUCAGAAACUGCGUUACCAAAGGUUGAUGUAACAUGGGAGGCAUGGGGGAUGCAUUCCAGGACUUCAGAGAAGGGGCAUACAAGAGGAAACCAUUGCUGCAUAGUUGCCCUGAGCCUGGCUGCUUGGUUUAAAAUGGUCUUUAACGUGGACUGUGCUAACCCCAAUGAACGCACCACUUCACCAAAGAGAUGGAUUUAAGCUGCACUUCUUGCCCAGUCAAGGGUGACUAACACAAGA